AUAUUCUCUCUGUAGUGUGUGUGUGUUGGAAAUGGCGUAGAAAGUGUUGAUUGAUUUAAUUUUACAUUUUGUAUAUAGUUUUAUUUUGAUGCAAAUCUGCAAAGAUUGAAGUAUUUUAUGUAUAGCUUAAGUUCUACUGUUUUUUUUUGUGCGUGUUGAUACUGCAGUGGCUACUUAUUCUUAAAUUAUUUUUCUUUGUUUUUCGACAUAUGCUGAAACAUAGUGUAUUCCCAUUUGUUUUUAUAUAAGAAGCAAUAUGAGUCUUUCUAAAAAUAUUGAAAAUUCUGGUACAAAUAAUACCAAGGGAGCUAGAAGUCAUUCGGCUCAAGGUCUUACAAGUACCAGUAGUCCAGUUAUGAAUUUACCAUUCCCUCCUCGUUUAUGGAUUACAGAUGUAGAAGAUGAUUCUACAGAUGACAUGAGUGGGAGUAUAAGAGAUGAUGGAGUUUUAAGUGCAGAGCGAUCAAGAGUGAGGUCUCGAUAUCGUCACCAUAAACAGAGAUCAGUUAGUGUGCCUAUUGGCAUAUUUUGGGACAUUGAGAAUUGCCAGGUCCCAAGAGGAUGUUCAGCAAUUGAUGUUGUGGCAGCCAUUAGAAAUAAAUUCUUGAUUGGUAGACGAGAGGCUGACUUUGUGGUUGUAUGUGAUGCGAGGAAGGAAGCACCAAAUAGGUUACAAGAACUAAAUGAUGCCCAAGUAAGCCUUAUUCAUGUCUGUGGGACACAAAAAAAUGCAGCUGAUGAGAAGUUAAGACAAUGUAUGAGAAGGUUUGGAGAGCUGCAUUCAGCACCAGCAGCUUUGUUAUUAAUUUCUGGAGAUAUCAACUUUGCAGCUGAUUUGAGUGAUUUCAGACAUAGGAAAAACAUGGAAGUGAUAUUGGUGCAUAAACAGAACACAUCAUCUGCCUUAAUUGCGUGUGCCUCUUCUCAUUAUUAUUUCAAUGAACUGACAGCACACCUACCAAGGAACCCUAAGAUUAGCCAAACAGAAGAAAAUGAAGAGCAACCCACCUGUGAGAUGGAAGUAGCUAACCUGCCUUCAGACCAACCUCCCGAAAGAGUGUCUCGUAGACUAAGGAGAUUAGCAGACAACUGUGGUGGGAAAGUUUUGAGAGUGACAGCGAAUACAGCUGUUCUAAGGUUUCCAACACCUGACCACGCUUCAAGAGCACUGAAACGCAUGGAUGGCGAGGAUGUAUUUGGUCGCAAAAUAAGUACACGUUAUGCUCGUGGUGUGUUCCAAUCUGCGUAUUCCAGUGACGAGGGCUACGCUACUGCUCCACCUAGUCAACCGCCGCCUAGAGCUGUUUUCGUACAACCACCGCAUCAGCAAUGUUAUUCACCACGUGAGUUGCCGUCAAACACGCAGUCGGUGGCAAAUGAUUGGGCGUUGGCGCUGCAACAGUUGCCUGCACCGACACCACCGCCUCUCGAAUUCUGUCCGCCGCCAGCGCCUAAGCCGCGCAAAAUUAGAGGCACCCAUGGUUCAGCUUCAGCGAACUUGGACCGAUCAGGUGGCUCGUCUAGUAAUAGUUGCGAUGAGGGCCGUCGCGACCAUAGCCAGAGUCGUGCGAUGUCGCCCUGGAAUUCCUCGGCGAGCUUCAGCGAGCAGAGUGAAGGUGACGGUGAUAACGCUGAGCUUACUGUUUCCAACCUGCCUCCGUUUGAAUCACCCGUUUUGCAGGAAAUGUUGACAAUUCUCUUUGAACAAUAUGUGCCAGUUGUUCGCGUGAUGAUCUGGGCAGCCGGCGAAGGACCUCUAGCGACGGUCGUACUUCGCUCCGAGUGGGACGCUCGGUUGGCGAUCGCUCGCAUCCACAAGCGACGUCUCGAUAAUAAUUGGACAGGUCGCAGGCUCGAACUGUCCCUAGGAAGACCGUCUCCUGCACCGAAUCUAGAUGUGCUCCGUGCUAGAUUACGCGCGAUCUUAUUAGAUCAAAAGAAUUAUACUCUACCCCUUUUACGCUUACGUGAUGCAUAUGCAAGUCGACAUUGCUGCGCCCUAACUACCUCUGAUAUCGCGAAGGUUAAAGAUACUGUCAUAAUACACGAAGGGUUCGGAAGAAUGGUCCAGUUAAUAGAUCUAAGUCCAGUGUCUAGUGCGGAGAUGGAAGCGGCGCCAUGGAAGUGCCACAUUCAUGCGUCUAUGAAUACGGGUCAUGAAGAUGGGAGUCGGAUAUUGCAGCCUGUGUACAUAGAGGUAGCUGCCUUAGCGAAGAACGUGCAGUUAUUGUUGGAGAAUCACGGAGGUGUUCUACCUUUGUUGACUUUCGUGGAGUGCUACGAGGCGAUGUUCUCGCCGCUGCUGGUGGACGUGCGGCACGGAGUGGCUCUGGAGCUGCUGCUGCGCAGCGUGCCCGGCCUUGAAGUCAAGGACAGCCCUUCGCGCCACCUCACCUGGCGCACAGAUGGCACCGAUACACCACCUACACACAGUGACAGUUCCCGAUCUAGCGAGCGGGACCGCGGCCGAACUGCGCCGGCAUUGGAACCAAUACUUGCUCUGUUCGAACGCGAGCUAAUUGAUUUGCUUCGAACCGCACCCCGUUGCAGUAUUGCCUUUAGCAAGCUAAUCCCUGCAUUCCAUCACCAUUUCGGUCGUCAAUGCCGAGUGGCAGAUUAUGGAUUCACUAAACUUCCAGAUUUGCUCGCGGCUCUAAGCAAUGCAAUUGUUGUACUCGGUUCAGGAUCGUCUCGUGUUAUAACAAUAUCCGCAGCUGCUCAGAGCCGUCGAUGGACGUCCGAUCUGGUGAAAUUAUUGAAAGCUCAGCCAGGCCGCGUAAUCCUGCCGCUGGAGAUACCCGAACUGUACCAGUCAACGUUCGGGCGGCCAUUCUCGACUGUCGAUUAUGGAGUUUGUACGCUGGCUGAGUUGAUGCAACGCGUGACUCCUCAAGCGGUUAUUGUAGACGUAGACGGUACGCUCUCUUUGCCGCGGCGAACACCUACGCCUGAAGAACGCAUGCGAACCGUUCAGUUUGCUAUAGAAGCCGUUGAACUCCUUUGUUACACGUCGAAUCUGCGCAUGGAGUUCUCUCGGUUCGUGCCCGCUUACCACGCGCAUUUCGGGCGACAACUUCGUGUCGCUCACUACGGCUGCGUGAAACUAGUGGAGCUCCUCGAACUGAUACCUGAAGCGGUGACGAUAUUCGUCGAGCCUAACGGAGACCGUACUGUGAAGCUGUCGAGUCGCGCGGCUCGAGCGGCGAUGGCCCAUCGUCUGCGAGCUAUCACUCCAGUUUCCCUCACUGAAUUUUCUACACAAUAUGCCGCUCAGUUUGGAGCUCCGCCAUUGCCCGAUAUGCUGGAAGUGCCGUCACUAGAAAUGCUCGUUUAUGCCGCCGGUGGAUGCGUACAGAAUGGUGUAGUGAUGGGUCCAGGAGCGGUGCCUUCUUGGGCGACCACCGCUUUAGCUGCCUGUGCUGUUCUCAGCGCCGACCGUAGCGUCGCACGGGGCUCCACCGAUGAGUAUUUCGCAUCCGCUUUCCGGCGCAUGCGCCUCCCAGAACCGAAUAUCCGGCAUUUAGCCGCGGCUGGUGUCGUGGAAACUUCGGACCGCAGAAUCCGUCUGACCUCAGCUUGGAGAACUGUGUGGCGGCUCGCUCAAGUGCUAGCUGAUUCCUACGGACCUAUGACAGCCAACGACAUGUUAGCGCAAUACACUAAGCGUUACGAACCAGUUUUUCCCUGUGUCGAUUUAGGCGUGAACAGCUUAGAGGAGUUCCUCCGCCGGUAUCAAGAAGUAUUCUCUGAAUCGAGUGGAGUUAGGCAGUGGUCACUAUGUGAAGGCGUGUCGGCGGCACGUUAUCGGGACCUGGCGCCUGCUCCGUCACACGAGGACUAUGCGUUGCACGACACGCCGCCCGGACAGAAGGGAUCACGUGUAUUCGAAUCUCCGAAGGUGAAUAUUUGGUGCUCUCCACCAGCUAGCGCAUUGCCAACACCAACUGCUUUACUCAGUCAGGAAAAACGUCGUAUGCGUCUGGCUGCACACUUCGACGCAUCAUAAUAAUUGCCAUUUCCAUUAAUGUUGAAAUCGCAUUCCUUCCUUUCCAAAAUCUCUUGUGUGUAAAGAUAAUGAUUGCAUGUUUUUAAAUUGUGGCAAUAGCAAGAAGUUAAAUACCAAAUCGAGAUUUGACACAGCGAGGACACAGAAUUUAUGGCAAUAAAUUUAAGCUUGAAAUAAGUCACAAAAUAGCCUUCUCUUUUUGAGAAAUUAAGAAAACUUGACAAACAAUAUUGAUAAAAAAGAAAUAGAUUCUACAUCCUAUCUUAGUGUAAGCAAAAUGGAAGACACUUGGAAGGCCCAUACAAGUUUAAAUUUAUUGCCUCAAUCUCCAUUUGGUUAUGGGCAUUUUUCUUCUUGGGCGAUAGUUAACCAAAGCCGUCAAGGUUUGUACUCAGGGUCGCAACGAAUUUUAUCAACUAGAUUAAUAAAAGUGUCCUAAACAAUGUGAUGUCUAUAACAAUAAUGUUUUAGAUGGCAUAUAUUUUCGUGUGUUUAUUUAGAUUAAGAAUUAUAAUGCAUUCGGAAAAUGUUAUCGCGAGGUUCGUGCCUGUCUAAUGUUUAGAAUGUUGGACGUUCACUUAUCCUGAUUUAUAAUCACUCGUAUAUUAUAUUGUUUUAACUUGACAACAAUAUGAUUUGAUAAUUUUGUUCUACUUAUUUCUUAUUCUUUUUAUGUCUUGGUCUUUCCAUGUUUUUUUUUUUAUUUUUAGUUUGGUUGGUUAGAAUUUAAGAAUAAUAGUUUUUUCAUAAAAUUUAAUCAACCUUUGAUUAAUUUUAUCCCUUGACAUUUAUAUUUUCUUAGGUUACUUAAGAUACAGACGGACUAAAACAUAAAUGGAUAAUGUUUGGUAUUCCAAAAAUGAUACUGUAUAACUGUGAUUUUGUAUUUUGUAAUAUUCAUUUUUGGAGAUUUAACAUUAAGUGUACAUAUCAUUUUAAGAUUUGAGGCUCAAGUUAUGUUAGGAAUAGAUAUAGUACAUUAGGUUACUAAGUAACAAAAUGUAAUUAAUACAAACGUCAGUAACAUUUUUCGAAUGCAUACUGAAAGUACAAUAAAUCAUACAAUGUUGAUUUUUAUCAAAAGAAUUUUAUCCUUUGAUAAUAUGAUCUCGAUUGAUUAAUAUAAUUGCAUGUAAUUUGGCUUAUAUAUUUCAGUUUAUAAAAAUCGUAAUUAUUGAUUGUUAUGAUUACACAGGAUUAUUAUAAUUAGUCAAACGUCGUUUAAUAAAUUCGGGUUUAUGUACUUUUGGACAUAAUUUACAUUCUUUCAAAUUUGAUUGGCUCUACGGUGUACCAUGUUCUCUUUUCAAAUCUUUCUUGAACUGACCUUGAUGACUACUAUAUAAAUCAUAAAUUCGAGUCAAUUAUAGACGUUCAAAUCUUUUAUAAAUAUAUAUGUAGAGGUAGAAUAUAUUAUUUAAAUAGAAUAUUAUAUGCUUAUGUCCUGUGCAAUGACUCAUUUAGUAUACACAUCAUAUGGGCGUAAAAUUUCGCUGUUCCACAUUGAUAAAAAGCUAAAUUAUAUGGUGACAUAUCAAUUUUUAAAAAUCUGUAUUGAAAUCUCGAUUUAUUCUAUUUUAUUAUAUAAAAAUUACUUGUUAUUUAUACUGUAUGUAUUAUAAUAUGUGCAAGGAAGCAUUCGCACUCGUAAUUUAUUGAAUUAUUUCGUUACUUCAUGCUUGAAGUCUAUGAAUAGAAUAAAUGGUGAUUAAGUACUGUUUUGGGCCAAAGCUCAAACUCGCCCUUACUGGAUUGUAUGAUGUAUAAUACCUACUUAAUAGAUUAUUACGUCAGAUUGCAAAAUUAUAAUGAAAAUGAAAUUAUCAGUCUAAAAUUUGUUAAAAAAAGACUGCUAAUUUAUUCUAAAUAAUUAGUUAUAUUUAAUUAAAUGAGUAUUUAUAUUUUGACAAUCGUAAGUUACAAAAUUAAUACAAACUUAUAAAAUGUUAAUGCUAAUUUUUGUAUAAAAUAUAGUUUAUAUUUAAUUAAUUAUUUUUUUAUUUGUAAAAUAAGGUCGUAGAUGAGUAUUUUUUAAUUUUAUUUGUAUAAUAGUAUAAUUAUCUAAUAUAAAUUUGUGAAGGAUUUUGUGUACCAAGGCAUUGCUACUGUGAUACUUGUGUACCAAUGAAUGCCACUUAAAUCUUAUGUUUAGUUUGUAAUAUUAAAAUAAGCAAUUUCAUUAUACUAAGAAAAUCUAAGUUAUGUAUAUAGUGUACAUAAUUAUUGUCUAUGAUUAAGAUAUUGGUACAAAAACGCUAUUAGUUUUAACCAAAAUUAAAACACAAAUUCGUUAAACAUCUUUUAAAUAUAUUUUUAAUAAUGUGGAACGUCGAUAUUUUAUCAUUAAAUGGUUUUAUCUGUCGUUAAUCGUAAAGGGGGACCUAUAAAUAUAUAUUAUUUUUAUCAAAUCAAUUUUUUUCUGUAAACACAUUUUUUUACUUAAUACUGCCAGUUCGCAUUUUAAAUAAAGACAAGUUUGUAAUGAUUAAUAUUAUUAUUAGCAUUACCAAUAAUUAUAAUACUGUUGAAAUGUCAAUUUUGUUCAUAAUUUAUUGAAGAUAUAAUGAUGUCAUGUAUCAAGUGCCAAUAAUAAUAUUUAUGGAUGGAUUAUAAUAAUUUUCUGUUUAUAAGUUCAAAGCACAAAAAAGGUAUUAAAACUUGAUAUUAAUUUAACAUGACCAGUGCUAAUCGGAUAUAAAUGUUUUGUGUGUCUUUUUACAAAUUGCUAUAGUGUCCAUUUUUUAAAUUAGUAUAAUAUAUGAGGUACUUAAACUUACAAAUGGAUUCCUAAGACUGUAGCAGAUACAUAAGUACUUUUGAAUCUAAUCCACUUUUUACUUUUAUGUGACCAGUAACAAAGAUUUUAAAUUUUUAACAUUAGGUAUAAGUAUUUCAAGUACAGUAAGAGAAGAUGAUAGUAUUAUUUUAUUCUACAUCUUCAUAAUUCUGUGAUCUUUAAUUUCUUGUUGUUGUAGUUCCAACUAGAUAAUAAUAUAUGUAUUGGAGUAGUUUUGUCAGUAUUGCAUGAAGAACAAAAAUGAAUGUUGGAAUAAAUGUUAUUUUUUUAA